AUGAGAUUUGACUCUUUCGCAGUGCCUGGCUACAACGGUUACUGGAGAGCAGUUUCUCCAAGUGGCCUGGCCCCAAACUGUCCUGACAAAGGUGGAGCUCACGCCCAAACUAAGUGUGUGUUGCUUACACCUCUGGCCCCAUCUGUAAUAGGGGGGUGUGCCAACAAGGUCAGUGGCCACCAUGGACAGCACACUAGGACUGGUGGGUGUGCAGGCAGGCGAAAUGGUUUCCAUACAAGGCAUGCUGAAGGCUCUCCAGUGCGCCCCCACCUGGUAACCAUAAUUAAGCCAAAUGAGGAUGACGCCAUCAGGAAGAUCUCACUGCUUCUUAAUCGCCGGGCUGUGGUUUCAUUUGAACAGCUGAUAAGUGAUGUGUCUGAGGCUUUGGGAUACCCGUCCUGGAAUAAUGAUCGUGUGCGGCACCUGUUCACCCCGGCUGGACAGGCGGUCAGUAGCCUUUCUCAGUUUUUUCAAGUAGAUAAUGCGUUUUUGGCACUGGGGCGGACGCGCCCGUCUCUCGCCAGCCUGCAGGUGGCGCUGGAGGAACUCUACCCAGGUUGCCAGGAGUACUGUAAUGAGCUUGUGAAACGGUGGCAGCGGAGCAUGAGGCCCAAAGCCAGCAAGGCUGAUAGUGGCUUCCAUGAUGACAGUGAAAAAGCAGAUAGCUCCCCGAGCAGCAUUCAGACAAUCAAACCUUCUGCUAACAACCUCCAACCAAUAAGGGAACGACAGGAGCAUAAGGAAAGACAUUUAGAUGAAGAGCACAAGAGAGACAGAGAGAGAAAGUUGAGGAGGAGAAAAGAAAAGAUGGAGGAGUCCUAUCUCAAACCACACUCUAAUGUUGACCACCGGCUCCACAUGUUGCCUGGGCGGCAAGGUGAACAAAGAACACAGGGCUGCAAACGUACAGGAAAUAAAUACACACAUACACAAUCAGGUUUACUCCCAGAUGUUGCUGCCGCUCAGGAUCAUAGGUCUGUCCCCCUGCAGUCAAAUGGGCCCGGAUCUACACAGAUAAUGAAAUCACAGGAAGUACUAUCACAGGAAGCAGCCAGGCAGGCUGAGCAGGAUAUGCCUGAGCUACCAGAUGGAGAGGAGGUUACACAGACGGACAUUGAGCGUUGUUAUGACAUUGGACGGGUGGUUGGUGAUGGGAACUUUGCGGUGGUGCGUGUGUGUGUGGAGCGUCGGACAGGACACACCUGGGCCGUGAAAGUGGUGGACAAAGCCAAGCUGCAGGGCCGUGACCACAUGAUCCACAAUGAGGUUUCCCUAUUGGCCAGCCUGAGGCACCCAAAGGUGGUGCAUUUGCUUCGCUGCCACCACACAAACACCCACGUCUACUUGAUAAUGGAAUUGGCCUCUGAGGGUGAUCUGUUUGAUGCCAUAGUGACCAGUGUGAAAUUCAGUGAGGUCUGUGCAGCUGGCAUGCUUAAGGACAUCAGCGAUGCCCUCCAGUUCAUUCACAGCAGGAGCAUUGUACACAGAGACAUCAAGCCAGAAAACCUGCUGGUCCAUCGGCAUGAUGAUGCUGUCACUCUGAAGUUGGCUGAUUUUGGGCUGGCUCUGGUGGUUACUGAGCCCCUAUAUACAAUUUGUGGAACUCCCACAUACGUGGCCCCAGAGAUUCUGGCAGAGACAGGCUAUGGUGUAGCGGUGGACGUGUGGGCGAUGGGAGUGAUUCUGUACAUCCUGCUAUGUGGAUUCCCUCCUUUUCGCAGUACAGAACGCAAUCAAGUGGAGCUCUUUAAGCUUAUCCGUGCUGGUGACCUUCACUUCCUGUCUCCAUACUGGGACAAGAUCUCUGAGGGUGUUAAGGACUUGAUUCGAGGUCUACUUCGGGUUGACCCAAAAGGUCGUCUGACAGCACAACAGACUAUGCAGCAUAGCUGGGUCAGGAGCCGUGGAAGAAGUCAUGGAAUAAACCACCACACGCAACACAGACCACAAAUGGCAAUCACAGACACCAGUCCUCCACUGACUACUCUGGACUAUAGACUACCACAGAUCCACACAGCACAUAGAGACUACAUCAGAUCAGCAAAGACAAAAGAGGCUAUUGUACACCAGACCAGCAGAAACAAAUUGUCAGAAGAUGAGGACAGAGCUGUGCGGACGAGAGAGGCCAGCGUGGACCAGACAAACAAGCUUGACUCAGUAUGUAGACUAGGUGGAAACAAAGAAACCAACUCAGAGACAAGUGGAGAUCUGAAGUCAAGAGGGACAUAACAGAUUUCAGAUGUGAGAAAAACAAGACAUGGACUGAAGAUGUUGCUGCUGCAUGAAUAGUAGUUCCUGUUCUGAAACAACUUUGUUACUGGAUACAAUUAACAAGGUUGCAACUAUCCAUGUCAAUUUUAAGGAGUUUAUGGUAAUUUC